AUGGCGCAUACCGGCAGCGAUUAUUAUCAAUCAGGUGCGGCCUUCCAUGUUCAAACCCAUGUAAUGCCAUCGUUUCCGUUAUCAUAUCAACAGCCGCUGAAGAGUAACGAAAACUGUUAUGGCUAUUACCACUCAGAUAUCCAAGAUGUCGAGGAAUUUAGUGAAAGUACGAGCCGCUCAAGUUCUGCUAUGGGUGAUCCUUAUUGCAGUUCUGGCGCAUCAAGUCCAGGAAUUUGUACAAAUGGCAACUAUUACUGCGUCGAGGAACAUUCUGUAAGUGGACUAUACGAAAAUCCUGCGAAAAUUGUAAAAACUUUACGAAGAAACGAAAGAGAAAGGAAACGAGUUGAGCGAGUGAAUGAUGGGUUUGCUCGACUCAGAAAGCAUGUGCCUGUGAUCGGCAAACGAAGAAAAUUAUCGAAAGCUCAGACACUACGUAUGGCUAUCGAUUAUAUCCAUCACUUGAAGGAUUUACUAGCCGACGAUACUGCCACUAAUUAA